GUUUUUCGGAGCUGCAGAGGAGAGGUUGUGCGUGUCUCUCUCCUCCAGCAGCAGCAGGCGCUGACUCUUUCUUCAGCCUCCACCUUUCCCAUCAAGGAUAUGGGGACCACCAGAUUAGAUGGGAUUAUUCCUCGUGUUGCCUGGCUUUUUAUCCUCCUUGGCUUUUCUGGGACAAACGCAGAAGAGGUGUGUGACAGCCCUUUGGUGUCCAGCCUGCUGCCUUCAUCCUUCAGAAGCUCCUCCCAUCUUUCCAGCAGCCACUCAGCGGGAUUCGCCAAACUCAACCGGAGAGAUGGAGCUGGAGGCUGGUCUCCCCUCACCUCGGACGGCUAUCAGUGGCUGGAGGUGGAUCUCGGCCAAAGGACCAAAAUUUCCGCUAUCGCUACACAGGGCCGCUAUGGCAGCUCUGAUUGGCUGACAUCUUACCAGCUGAUGUUCAGCGACACGGGGCACAACUGGAAGCAGUACAGACAAGAGGACAGCAUAGGGUCUUUUCCAGGGAACAAUAAUGCAGACAGUGUGGUUCAGUACAAACUGCAGCAGCCUGUCGUGGCUCGCUUCCUUCGCCUCAUUCCUCUGGACUGGAAUCCCAGCGGGCGGAUCGGACUGCGCCUUGAGACUUAUGGCUGUCCUUACACCUCUGAUGUGUUGAAUUUGGAUGGCAGCAGCAGUUUGGUGUACAGACUGAGCCCCGGAUCAAGGCCAACUCAGACGCAUGUCAUCACAUUGAAGUUUAAAACCCUCAGGAACUCCGGCACGCUGCUGCAGGUGGACGGAAGGGAAGGACUCACCCUGAGUCUGGAGAUAGAGAGAGGAAAGUUGCUGCUGCUUUUCAGACAAGGCAAAGCUUCAUCUGCAAAACUUCAACAACUUGCAUCUCUUGCGAGUCUUUUAGAUGAUCAGCAAUGGCACUAUGUGGCAGUGGAGCUUCGUGGCCAGAACCUCAACCUCACUGUGGACAAGCACACAUUGGGGGUCAAAAUCCCUCUAAAGUUCCACCACCUUGACAUAGAAGAGUUAAGUGUGGGUACGGUUGAGGUUAUGAGCUCUCAUAAACUAUUUCGCUCCAAGAAGAGUUUCCAUGGCUGCCUGGAGAACUUGCUGUUCAAUGGACUCAACUUGAUACAACUUGCUAAACUUCAGGAUCACAAAGUUUCUCUUGUGGGCAAUGUGACCUUUUCUUGUGCUGAGCCAGUUUCUGCUGCUGUGACGUUUCCCGGGCCCCAGAGCUUCCUCCAGUUGCCGUGGACAGCUUCAUCCUCCUCAGGGAGUGCGUCCAUUGGGUUUCAGUUUAGGACGUGGAAUAACGCUGGGCUUCUGCUCACUUUUGACCUUCCUGGGCAAGGAGGCGUGGUCUGGUUGUUUUUGAAUGAAGCGAGACUCUACAUGCAGAUCCAGAAAGAAGGGAGGGUGCUGCUGGAGCUCAGUGCAGGUUCUGCACUCAGUGACGGCCAAUGGCAUUCAGUGGAGCUGAACUCCAAACAAAGCCGUCUGACUGUCUCUGUGGAUAAAGAUGAAGGAGGCAGUGCUCAAGCUAGCCUUUCAUUUCCUCUCACAGUAGAAAGUCACCUCUUCUUUGGUGGAUGUCCUUCUGGAGACAUUCAUGGAUGCAGAAACCCCGUUACAGCAUUCCAGGGCUGCAUGCGUUUAUUCAGUCUGGACAACAGAAUUAUGGACCUGAUCGCAGUGCAACAGAAGCACCUGGGAAAUUACAGCAACCUGCAGAUUGACAUGUGUGGAAUCAUUGACAGGUGUUCUCCCAGUCGCUGUGAACAUGGCGGCCUCUGCAGUCAGACAUGGUCCGUCUUCCAUUGUAACUGCUCCAACAGCGGCUACGGCGGAGCCACCUGCCACAGCUCUGUGUAUCAGCAGUCCUGUGAAGCGUACAAACACAACGGAAACACAUCAGGAUAUUUUUACAUCGAUGUGGAUGGCAGUGGACCCAUCAAACCACAGCUAGUUUACUGCAACAUGACAGAUAGUGAGACAUGGAUGAUUAUCCAGCACAACAACACUGAGCUGACCACAGUCUCACCUGCAGCUGGCUUGGACCACCACUCGGUCCACUUCAGUUACUCUUCUGAAGAAGAGCAACUUUUAGGUUCAAUCAUCCAAUCAGAGCACUGUGAACAGGAGUUAUCCUACCAGUGCAGGAAAUCCCGACUUCUCAACACUCCAGAGGGGACUCCGUUCAGCUGGUGGCUUGGUGGCCGCGCUCCAGGCCGUGUGCAGACUUAUUGGGGUGGAGCUCAUCCAGGCAGCCAGCAGUGCGCCUGUGGCCUCCAUGGCGACUGUGUGGACCCACAGCACUACUGCAAUUGUGACGCAGACAUCAUGGAGUGGACUGAGGACUCAGGCCUCAUUACCCACAAGGAACACCUGCCCAUCAGAUCGCUGGUAGCUGGAGACAUUCAGAGGCCGGGUUCAGAGGCAGCAUAUAGAGUGGGACCACUCCGUUGCUUCGGAGACAAAAAUUUCUGGAAUACAGCAUUUUUUGAGAAGGAGACAUCAUACCUCCACUUCCCCACCUUUCACGGAGAGCUAAGUGCAGACAUCUCCUUCCUUUUCAAGACUACUGCGUCUUCUGGAGUUUUCCUGGAAAAUCUUGGCAUCAAAGACUUUAUUCGAAUUGAACUGAGCUCUUCUACCCGGGUGGUUUUCUCCUUCGACGUUGGUAAUGGCCCGCUGGAAGUUCAAGUAGAAUCGACAGUCCCAUUAAAUGACAACCGCUGGCAUCAAGUUCACGCUGAACGCAACAUAAAGGAGGCCUCCCUCCGACUGGACAGCCUGCCUGUGGCCACACAGGAAGCUCCUGCUGAAGGGCACGUCCACCUGCAGCUCAACAGCCAACUGUUCAUCGGAGGCACAGCGUCCAGACAGAGGGGUUUCCGAGGCUGUAUCCGCUCUCUGCAGCUGAACGGAGUCACUCUGGACCUGGAGGAAAGGGCAGAGAUCACGCCGGGGGUUCGACCCGGCUGCCCCGGUCACUGUAGCAGCUACGGAUCCCUGUGCCAGAAUCAGGGACGCUGUGUGGAGCGGGCCAAGGGCUUCAACUGUGACUGCAGCUUGUCUGCUUACACUGGAGUCUUCUGCCAUACAGAGUUAUCAGCCAGCUUCAAAUCUGGAACAUCGAUCAGAUACACCUUCAAGGAGCCGAACAAGAUGUCCAGAAACGGCAGCGCACUGCCGUCCUCCAUCCACUCCGACACGACGCUCAGAGGGGAGAACAUCUCUUUAAGUUUCAGGACGGCACAAAGUCCAGCUCUGCUACUUUACGUCAGCUCCUACUACAGCGAGUACAUGGCUGUGCUCAUCAACAAGCAUGAUAAGCUGGAGGUGAGAUACAAACUGGAAGGCAACCGAGACGCUGAAGUGCUGAGAAGCAGCAGCGGGAGGAAUCUGGCUGAUGGACAGCUGCACAGCAUCACUAUCAGCAGACGGACACACACGGUGUCUGUGCAGUCUGAUGCCUUGGAUCCCCACCUAUCUAGGCUGGCCUCUCUGGGUUUUACUGGCUGCCUGUCAGUAGUUCAGUUUAACUCGGUCAGUCCUCUGAAGGCUGCUCUCCUCCACCCGGACACCAGCCCUGUCCACAUCACUGGACCUUUGGUUCAGUCCAACUGCGGCUCUGCAGCUUCAGCCAAUCCCUACGCAGCUGAAAACAUUCACCAUAUAUUGGACCAGUCUGGUUCAGUGGGCUCAGGUCAACCUUUAGUCAAUGCCAUCAGGACUGACUCAGCUCUUAUCGGAGGUGUCAUAGCUGUCGUCAUUUUUGUUAUUCUUACCGGAUUGGCCAUCGCUGCCCGACACCUGUACCAGAGGAAGGACACGUAUCGAACCCAGGAGGAGAACAGGGUCAAACAGGAGGACUGUCCAGAUUUCCCACUGAACAACCCGAAUGACUCCCAGAACCUAUCCAUGGAAAAUCCAAAGGAAUACUUUAUUUAACAGGAGUUCUAAUGACGUGAUGAGCCGCUGGUGUUUUAUGAUGUUGGGAUGCCGAGAGGGAGCAUCUGAAAGCCCCUCAGGACUUGGUCCGCUGAAGACCCUCCAAGACACUUUGCUACCAAAAGUGGCUCCACAGCAGGGCAAAGUCAAAGCAAACAGUUUGGUGUUGUGUUUCUGUUGCUUUACUGUAAAAUUGUGGAUAUUCUGGUACAAACAGGCGACAGUGUUUGACUUCAAGGUGAUAAUAUGCACUCUAACUGAAUAUCUGAAAAUGAAAUGUUGGUUUUGUGUCUUGGCGGCAGCUUUUGACAACUGUCCAAGUGUUGCUUUUAAAUGUUGAAGAUGACAGUCUUCAUUUAAAAAGAGAGAAAAAUGUGAAACUGUGCCCUCUAGUGGCAUUAAGUGAAAUGAUUCCAAGAUCAAUGUAUGUGGCUUGUGGUGGAAAUAUCACAAAAUAUGUAUUAAUGUUUUUUUUUCCCCAUUUUUUGUUGUAUCUUAAUUUUCCUUCAUGUAAAUAUCUGAUAAAUACCAAUCUGCUUUUACAAUGUGACAAAUUUGUUCCACAAUUUAGGUACACAUUUUGUACAAUAUUAAUGAUUACCACUUAUAACCAUUGUAUCGAAGGAAAUUGUAGAACUGUUUCCAUGGACUGCUUAUUUUAGUUGCUUUAGUGACACCAUUUCUAUUUUUUGGACCAACAAAGACAAAAAGGCUUCUAUACUCUUAAGAUAUAGUUUCCUCAGGACACUGUGGAAACCAAAGCGACUCUAAACCCGACCGAAGGUAUUGGAAUCAAACCAAUCUGAGUAACAACAGUGGAGCAUCUAUUAUGUAAAUAAGGUUAGCACUUGUUAUCAUAGACCUGGUUCAGUUUGUAAAGCCUAUGGUUACAUAAACUGCUUAAACUGCUUGGUUAAAAAACAUGAAAAUUAUCAAUCAGGAGACUCAAUCCAAAGCCAUUUUGUAAUAUGCAUUUCUUUUUUUUUUAUCCAGUAUAGAAAAUCCAAAUUAAA